ACUGCAAGAGACCAGAGCAGCAUUCAUGUAGGGGAGGUGGUGACCGUUUCGCACUGAACGUCUAUCAAUCACCUGCAAUAUUGUGGUCCUGCGCAGUUUUCCGGGCAGAAAGAAGCAGCAGGGGGAGGGAUGAGACGCGGGAGAAGAAGAGGGAAAAUGGCGAUGGAGGGGCCUAGGCAUCAACCGCCAACCCUCGUCCCAUUGCUGAUGAGCGCAACGGCUGUGUUGAUCUCACACCACAUCUUCAACGCCGCUGCCCAGAUACCAGACCCCGAGCUUUUGCCAACAGACCCUCCAAAAAAGCCAGAUCCAGUCACUUCAGAAACAGUGGUGUUUUGGGGUCUUCGAUUAUGGCAGGUUGUAGGUAUUUUCUCCAUGUUCAUCCUAGCAAUUGUAAUAACACUGUGCUGCAUCUUCAAAUGCCGAAUUCCACGAACAAAAAAAGAGAUAGAGGCUCGGCAUGCACAAAGACUAGCCGCAAAAACCUAUGCCAACACACUGGAGACAGUGCCCCCCCUAAAUGAGCUCACAGAGGUGCCGGGAGCUCUUGCGGAAGCGUCCGCUCUUCAGACAGUCUCUGAGCAGGUACAGGCUCAUGGUAGUGGACAGCUUCCUGUGGUCAGGGAAGAAGAUGAACCCGCCAAUCCAGUCCCUUAGACCGAUGCGCUCGAGCUCUCCUGUUUUUCUUCUUCCUGCCUGUCCUCAGUCUGCAGUCCUGGAUGCCUUAGAGUAGAAAAGACUGUCUAUAAUGUAACUGGUGACAUAUGCUGCUAGCAGUGUCUUUGAGGUUCAGUUAACCUGCGAUUAGAAUCUGCUGUCAGUACAGUAUAUAUAUACAGUAUAAGUGAAUGAUGCAAGUGUAUAUGCAAGUGAAUCCUUAGGUGCAUCUUAGAAAAUAUAAAGUAGGUAAUGAGUAAAAAGCACAUACAGUAUCUUUACUUUUUCCUUCUCUGUCUUUUAAAGUCAACCUUGAAUCAGAAUUGACCUCAUACUUUCCUAACUCCCAUUUCUGCUCUGUGUAUGCCAGUUUUGUAUGCAGGUUUUGGGAAAGCUGUCAACAUUCAAUACACAUUUAUUUAUACAGCUUUUUACUUAAUAGAGAUAGUUUCAUAGCAGAUUCGCUGUAGUAAACAGGAAGAUGACAAUUUCAGUGUUGCAAAGUUUAUCAGUUAUGAACUGACUGUGGCAGCUCUGCAGAAGAAAACACUGUCACUGUUGCACACACAGAACUUGCUGGCUGUUUUCUGGUGGCACAUAUUUUAUUUUGUUGUCACUGCAUUUGCUUAAAUCUACAAAUAUAACCAUAUAAAACCUGAAUUAUACAGCAGAUCAUAUUGAGCAACGUUGGCAGUGUGACGUCUUUAUGUAUAAGUGAAGCAGUCCUUGACAUUCUCUAUAGAGUCCAAUAAAGGGCAGCAUAAGAACGUUACAGAGUUUCAAGCAUAAAUCACUUAUUGAAACAAUAAGGUGUCUUUGACAAAUAAACUCAUGAAUUCUCUUGACCUUCAGAAAGGUUGAGGUAUUAUAGAUGUAGACUUUUGCAGAGUGAAAUCUUGUAAGAAUAUAAAAGUUAGUCUUGCUUUUAUCACGUGGCAGCUUUAUAAUAGCACAUAUUUCUGAGUAAAUAAUAUUAAUAUGUGAUAGAUUUUUUUUUAAUUAUUAAUCACAGUUGUAAGUUGUGAUAUGCUUUGCAAAGACUCUCUUGUCUCAACACAAGUCAAUAUUAAUAUCUUUUUUCUGUAAAUGCCUUUUGCAUCUUCUAUAAAACAGGUCCACAUUGUUUUCCAAACACAAUAACGGGUUGUGAAUUCUGAUUCAUAUUGACAUAUUGAUAUUGACUUAAUACUGUGUUUCUGUCUCUGUCCCUUUUAAACCUGAAUAAAAAUGUA